AUGCCAUCGAACCACUCCGUUUCGCCGGUUAAGCGCUCGGUAUCCUUCCCGCAGGCGCCAUCGGACCAUUCUUCCACCUCCCAGCAUUCACCCUCCACUCCUGCAGCCCAUCCUCAGCCCCACAAGCCGACAGCCCAUAAACCGCAUCGCCCGCAUGUUGUCGGUACACAUCGGGUGCAUGGACGCACGCACUCGCAUAAGAACCUGAAUAAACUGCAAAGGCUGGCGCUUGCGCAUAACCUGGCUGCUGACGGGGUACCGGGUCCCCCAACUGCCCCUCGUCAUCAACGCAAGAAGUCUGCUCCCGCCUCGCCUUCGACUAGCCCGCGGACGGGUCAGAACCACGUCCGCUGGAAUCAGUCGAUAAUAUCGCUUCCAGGCCCUCCAUCCAACGGCCCAGUGAGGAAAAAUUUGUCGACCCCUGUCCUCAAACGAAAUGGUUCCGGCAUAUUGGUUAAGAAGAACCUAGCAGUGAACGUUGCCGACAAAGCCGAAAGCUCUGAUAUAAAGAAAUCUGUUGGGUUUGAACUUGCAGAUUCGGGAGAUGAGGACGAGUGGGAGGACCACAGUUCCAUUUCAGCAUCCAGCACUAGGCGGAAUUCCGUUGUAUCAGGGAAGAUGAAUGGACAGAACAGCCUGACUGGCUCUGCCUCCGUUACAAAAUCUCCGCUUACGCAGGAGAGCCGUACCGCAGAUGUCAACGACAAGAAUGGUCUACACCGAGAUGAACCAUUUCAGGACGACCACACUUCUGGAAAGGACCCAAGGGUUGCAAGUCUACGUUCCCAUGCUUCGGACCAACACCUUGUCGCUUCACGUAUCCUGCAGCAACCACAUUCCUCGAAGAUCCCUCCUUCAAUAUCGUCAAUAUCGGCAACAGCUACUCCUGUGCCCCCUAAUCGGACCCCGCGUUCGUCUUCCUUUGCGAAUUUAGCUUCCAGUCUUAGCGCCAUUAGCCACUCUCCCGCACCGUCUGCGCCAACUUCGAUGAUUUCAAGUAACCCUCACGCUGCUUCCUCUUCCGCCGAAGGCGGUGUAUCCAGGUUUCUAAUAAACAACUCCGGCCCCCGUAUUGAGCCGCGUUCAGAAUCCGACCCUGCGACCCCAUCCUCUUUCCUCCCACAUUACCACCCUCGAACUCCGCCGUCUCCUGAAUCUACGCUCAGACGGUCAAAGUCUCCCAAACCCUCCGCCAAUGGACCCCUUGAGCCCCAUUCUCGCACUCAGCAGAAGCUAUGGCUACAACGAACGGCAACAAUGUCUAAUUCACCUCCUGAUACUUCUAUCUCCGGCCUUCCUCCAACCUCUGCGGUAGAUUCCAGUUACGCCGGUCCCCAAAGCCGCCCAGGAACCAGUGGUUAUGCGCAGGACAGUCGCCGAUUUGCGAUGGGGGCCGGGCCGGGCCUGCUGGCGCACCAACAGAUAGUGAACGCAGGCGCGUUCGAAAAAUAUACGAUAGGUUUAGCACAGAGUAUUCUGUCGUUCACCGAUUCAGAAACCCAGUUGUCGACAGUUUUAAGCGACUCCGCCAGAUACCCAGGAUCCAACGCAGGUGGAAAAUUAACAAGAGCUAACUCUAUGCGUGAUCUUGCCAACGGCCAUGGCCCAUCUCGUCCCUUCAUCUCGGGAUAA